AUGAAGAACUUCCUUGACGCUGAGGGCCUGAACACCCUCUAUAAGAAUGAACGCAAGAAAGAACGCAAGAAAGAACGCAAGAAUGAACGCAAGAAAGAACGCAAGAAAGAACGCAAGAAUGAACGCAAGAAUAAACGCAAGAAUGAACGCAAGAAAGAACGCAAGAAAGAACGCAAGAAUGAACGCAAGAAUAAACGCAAGAAUGAACGCAAGAAUAAACGCAAGAAAGAACGCAAGAAUAAACGCAAGAAUAAACGCAAGAAAGAACGCAAGAAUAAACGCAAGAAAGAACGCAAGAAUAAACGCAAGAAUGAACGCAAGAAAGAACGCAAGAAUAAACGCAAGAAAGAACGCAAGAAAGAACGCAAGAAAGAACGCAAGAAAGAACGCAAGAAUGAACGCAAGAAUAAACGCAAGAAUAAACGCAAGAAAGAACGCAAGAAAGAACGCAAGAAAGAACGCAAGAAAGAACGCAAGAAUAAACGCAAGAAUAAACGCAAGAAAGAACGCAAGAAUAAACGCAAGAAUAAACGCAAGAAAGAACGCAAGAAAGAACGCAAGAAAGAACGCAAGAAUGAACGCAAGAAUGAACGCAAGAAUGAACGCAAGAAUGAACGCAAGAAUGAACGCAAGAAAGAACGCAAGAAUAAACGCAAGAAAGAACGCAAGAAUAAACGCAAGAAAGAACGCAAGAAAGAACGCAAGAAAGAACGCAAGAAAGAACGCAAGAAAGAACGCAAGAAUAAACGCAAGAAUAAACGCAAGAAUAAACGCAAGAAAGAACGCAAGAAAGAACGCAAGAAAGAACGCAAGAAUGAACGCAAGAAUGAACGCAAGAAUGAACGCAAGAAUGAACGCAAGAAUGAACGCAAGAAAGAACGCAAGAAAGAACGCAAGAAUGAACGCAAGAAUGAACGCAAGAAUGAACGCAGGAAAGAACGCAGGAAAGAACGCAGGAAAGAACGCAAGAAUGAACGCAAAAAAGAACGCAAGAAAGAACGCAAGAAUGAACGCAAGAAUGAACGCAAGAAAGAACGCAAGAAUGAACGCAGGAAAGAACGCAAGAAUGAACACAAGAAUGAACGCAAGAAUGAACGCAAGAAUGAACGCAAGAAUGAACGCAGGAAGAACAGACACAGAGACUCAGAGACAGUGUGA